UUGUCCUCUACCUAACCUCAUGGAAAAGGCUAAGAAGGAAAGUUGAGUGGUAGCUGAAAAAUAGUUACACCAGCCCACCUCUCUUUAUACAUUCGUGUAUUUAUAUACAGAGAGAGAGGCAGGCCAGGUGAGAAGAGAGAGAGGCUGGGAAUAGAAAGAUGAGUACAGAAGUUGUGAUGGUUGAUGAAGUCCCCUUUUCACUUGGGGUCACAAUUGUCAAGCCAUUGUCUGUGUUUGGUCAUGGAAUUACAGACAUUGAGAUACAUUACCUCCAAAUUAAAUUCACUGCAAUUGGAGUUUACUUGGAUCCUGAAAUUGUGACACACUUACAGCAAUGGAAGGGUAAAACUGGAACUGAUCUAGCAGAGGAUGACGACUUCUUUGAGGCUUUAAUUAGAGCCCCAGUGGAUAAGUUUGUAAGAGUGGUUGUGAUCAAGGAGAUCAAGGGUUCACAGUAUGGAGUGCAGCUAGAGAGUGCGGUAAGAGACCGGUUGGCAGCUGUUGAUAAAUACGAGGAUGAGGAGGAAGCAGCACUCGAGCAAGUAGUCGAGUUCUUCCAGUCGAAAUAUUUCAAGAAAAAUUCAGUCCUUACAUUUUACUUCCCAGCUACUUCUGGAUCUGCUGAGAUUGUAUUUGCAGCAGAGGGAAAAGAAGAAUCUAAACUCAAAGUAGAGAAUGCAAAUGUUGUUGAGAUGAUACAGAAAUGGUACUUGGGAGGAACCAGGGGAGUCUCUCCUGCAACUAUCUCCUCAUUAGCCACUGCUCUAUCUGCCGAGUUAUCAAAGUGAAUGUAACUUUUAAUGUUCAGAAUUUGGAUUGCUUGUUCUAAAUCGUGAUUGGUUAUUAAACCUAGAAUUUAUCGUACAUUAUGUUUUUUCAUAUCUCCAGGCAUGCUCGCAAAAUAAUUUCUUUUGGGAUUUCAUUCUUCCAAUUAUUGAAACUCAAAUACUUUCCCACUUUUUAUUAUUAUUAUUAUGAUUAGAUCAAGGUAAUUUUCAUUGU